GCCAUUACAAAUGCUGCUCCGGCCAAGAGAGUCGUCGACAAGGCACAAGCACCAGACAAGGUGGCUCGAGGAUAAAAGCAGAGGCCCCAUCGCGCCAAACCGGGUUCGCUCCGUGACUCGCAGAUAUACCUCGUUCGAGAACGGGCAUGGCCCCGUGCUGGCGCCAGGGAUUGGGCGGAUUGGCGGACUGGCGGAUCCAGCAUAGCGACGCGAUUCCCUUUUGACAAGAAUGUGCAGUGCCAGUGACGACGGCCUGCCGGAGACAAAAGCUGGAGACUGUGCUGGACGCACGCCUGGGCUGGCCACCC